AUGAUCGAUUUUGCUCGUGUUCAAAAGGAGCUUCAAGAAUGCAGCAGAGACAUUGAAGCCUCUGGAAUCAAAGUGGCAACUAAGUCCGACAAUCUUGCUCGAUUAACCGGAACUAUUUCUGGUCCAAUCGGCACUCCUUAUGAAGGUGGCACUUUUCAAAUUGAUAUCAAUCUCCCAGAUGGAUACCCUUUUGAGCCUCCUAAAAUGCAGUUUGCAACAAAAGUCUGGCACCCUAAUAUUAGCAGUCAAAGUGGGGCAAUCUGCCUGGACAUUUUGAAGGACCAGUGGAGCCCAGCACUUACUCUAAAGACAGCACUUCUUUCUGUCCAAGCAUUACUCUCUGCCCCUGAACCAGAUGACCCUCAAGAUGCUGUUGUAGCGCAACAGUAUCUUAGAGACUAUCAGACAUUUGUUGGCACAGCUCGCUACUGGACAGAAACUUUUGCCAAGGCGUCAUCGCUUGGGGUUGAGGAAAAGGUUCAAAAACUUGUGGAAAUGGGUUUUCCUGAAGCUUUGGCGAGAAGUGCACUAGAAUCUGUUGGUGGUGACGAAAACUUGGCUCUUGAAAAGCUUCUUUCUGGUUAA